CUUGGUGUAUGUACCCCCCCGCAGCAGCCCCGGCGAAAGGGUACUUGGACCGCCAGGACGGUUUGCUCCUACUGUACGUAAACAGAUACGUACCGUCUCCCCACUCCCCAGGCUAGACUCCAGAGUCUCCAGAGUCUCCGGAAUGCUGCCGUGGUCGCACUACCACGCGAGUUUGUUGAUUGGCGUCGCCCGCCGUGUUUGCCAACCGCUGCUGGAUUGCUUGGUGUGCUUGGUGGGCUUGGUGGGCUUGGUGGGCUUGGAUUGCUUCGCAGCCUUGGUAGUUGCUUUCUUGUGUUCCUACGCCGGGAGGAGACCCUGUUGUGUUGUCCCUCUUCCGUGUGCUUGAUGCUUAAUGCUUCAUGACAACAAGCAGCAAACACCGGGAGAGAGAGAGGGAGAGAGAGAGAGAGAGAGACACGCCGCACCAGUUGAUGACAAGCUCUUGUGCAUGCCCCCAAUCUUGUGCUGCUCCGGUGCCGAAGGUGACGGUGGAGGGGCAGAAAGGGGGAGGGACGGGAACAUGCUGGAACCUCGGAGCUCUGUCCUGCCCCUCUGUCUGGAUUGCCUUCACUUCGCUCUCCCCCUCUUCUUCAUCUCUCAGCGUCUCCCCCUGGUGUCUGGCCCAAGUAUCCGGCCUGUCCCGAGGUCGUAUUCUCGGUGUAUCCCGUCACAGCCCUCAGCCCCUCGAGGUACUUAUGACGCAGCCAUGUCCACUCGACCCGCUACCAGUCCAGGACCUACGCUCCUCUAGGCUUUGUGUGUCUACUAUGUGGUCACGUAGUGUAUCCGUACUCCGUACACUACUGUACAAAGUAGUGUAUGCCUGCUGCUGCUGCUGCUGCUGCUGCUGCUGGGUGCUGCUGCAAAUCGAGGUGGUGUGGCAGCUCGGAACGAUCCCCCCCCCCCCCCCCCCCC